UGGUCCGGAAGCGAACGCUUGAAGCGCCAGGAAGAUUGACGCGCAUGCGUGGCGAGUAACCAGGAAGUCAGAGGACUUGCGGGUGCAAUGAAGGAUCCUGGAGUUGUCCACCUGUCUAGUUGUGUGGCGGGCCUCUCAAAGCAGGGAUGUAGGUUUCAGUGGAGGCCUUCUCUAGAUCAGACCCACCCCCCUCCCACAGCUUUGGAGUAACAGGUACCUCCAAAGCCCUGGGAGGAUCCCCGAGCACAGCCCAUCAUGAGUUAGGGGAGAGGAAGGGCUGCCUUCCCUGGGCCUCCUUGCCAUGAGGCAGUGAUGGAUCAGGACACCUUCUCCCACAUCCAGCUAUGGUGCCCUCGUCCGUUUGGCACCUACUCCCAGAACAAGCAGCGCACGGGGGGCCAGGUGAAAAAGACCUUUGGGGACUUUGCCUGCAAAGCCAAGGGAGAGGAGGAGAGCGGCGGCGGCGAGGCCUGUUCGGAGAACACGCCGCCCGCCCCUCCUCCACCACCUCCACCCCCCACGGUCUCCCCCAGCCCCGACCAGGUGGAGGAGGGGCGCGUGCUCUUGGACACGUGGUACGUGAUCAAGCCAGGCAACACCAAGGAGAAGAUUGCCUUUUUCGUAGCCCACCAGUGCAGCAGCAGCGGGAGCCGAGCUAGCGCCAUGAAGGUCAAAGGGAACUGGGGGAGCGGCAGCUCCAAGGCCAAGCGCCGGCGGAGGUCCCAUGACCCCAGCAAGAGCAAAGCAUGCCCGGUCAAGGUGAAGGAUGGCAGCAGCAAGGAAGCCGAGGACGUGUGCCUUUGCCCGGAGUCCCAGGCCGAGCCGGCUGGCGGGGACUCCGCUGAUCUGCUCUCAGUAGCCGAGAUGGUGGCUUUGGUGGAGCAACGCACAGCACUGGCGCUGCAGAACUACUCCAGACCAAGCCCGCCUGCCGCACCGGCACCGCCGUCUCCCAUGGUGUUUGUGUCCACGGAGCAAGAGCAUGGGGAGGGUGGGGAGAAGAAAGCGCCCUCGUUGGGGGGUGGCUCAGACUGCAGCCGGGUGGCUGAGGCCGUCGCCCACUUCGAGUCGCAGCAGCAGGAGCAGAAUGUCUUGCGUCAGAACGGCCUCUGCCGGGAGUCGCCGGAGUGCGUGGCCAACUCCCAGCACAGCCCCGGUGAAGUCCGCAUUGCCUUCCGCAUCUCUAGCAGCCGGGACCCCCGUUCGCCCACUGAGGGUGGCUCCAGCCCUCGCCCCAAUUGCAUGUUCAUGAGCUGCGGAGGUUCGCCGACAGGCAACGCGACCCGUGCCAAAGACAAGAUCACCUGCGACCUCUACCAGCUCAUCAGCCCUUCCCGAGACACCCUCCCCAAUAGCGUGGACUUCCUGCUGGCCAAUGCCUCCCCAAAAGGGACUGACGGGUCUGGUAAUGAGCCCCCAGAUGUAGAGAUGACGUGCGGAGAGAGCCAAAGUGGCUCUGGUAAACUGGAUGCCAUCCCGGAGAAUGGCCGGGCCAGUGGGGAGAAGAUGGUAGGCCCGGCCACCACUGUGCCCAGGGACUGCGUCUCUGGCUUCCACGUUGACGUGGUGGUCACGGGCGUGGUGGACCAGUGUGUCUUCUUUGGCAAAGACAGUACCAAGAAUAUGAAGGAGGAGACUGUCUGCUUGACGGUGGGCUCCCCAACCCAAGAAGGGCUGUGCUCGUCCUGCGAUGACCCCCCGCCGGGGCAGCUCUUCUUCCUCCACACCCAGAUCCCUCGGCAGGAGGACAGCCGAGAUGUGGACAGCCGCUUUUUGGACCCCGCAAACAGCAGCGAGGGAGGACUCGAGCGGACCGACGGGUCCGGGCUGGAGCCAGCAUCCUCGGAUACCUCCCUCUGCCGCCUCUACCGCCACGUCUCCCACGACUUCCUGGAGAUCCGCUUCAAGAUCCAACGCUUGCUGGAGCCCCGGCAGUACAUGCUGCUCCUCCCUGACCAUAUCAUGGUGAAGAUCUUCAGCUACCUGCCCACGCAGUCGCUGGCCGCCUUAAAGUGCUCCUGCCACUAUUUCAAGUACAUCAUUGAGACAUUUGGCGUGCUGGCCACAGACUCCAAGUGGAACAGGGACCCCUUGUACCGCGACGACCCCUGCAAGCAGUGCAAGAAGCACUACGAGAAGGGGGACGUCUCACUCUGCCGGUGGCACCCCAAACCCUACCAUCACGACCUGCCUUACGGACGCUCAUACUGGAUGUGCUGCCGGCGGACGGACAAGGAGACGCCCGGCUGCCGGGUGGGACUGCAUGACAACAACUGGGUGCAGCCCUGUGACAUGCUGCGGGAGCGGGCGGCCCGGAGGGAGGACGGGAGGUGAGGGGCGAAGCACGGGGCGGGGGAGCACGUGACGGCUCCUCCUCUUCUCUGUCCUCCUUGGGCGUGAGAGGGUGUGAGUGUGUUUUACAAGGAUUCUGUUUUGUUGAGUUGUUUUUUUUAAUCGCUUGGUUGUGUUUGCUGAUUUGGUUUUGAUUUCUUCCCUGACUUCCGACCUCGCAAGUUACAGAAGGAUGUUUUAAGGGGGAAGAAAUGUCUGAAAAAAAGAGAAAAGAAAAUAUAUGUAUAAAGGGAGCCACAGGGUCCCUAAAAGGAAAGGACAAUUCUUGGUGGACGGAAUUAAAAUGAGCUCCUGUCUUCUCUGCCAACCGUUGCAGCUCAUCUCCAGGUUUAAGGUAGAGGGGGCUCACCUGUGGCCCUCUUGAUGUUGCUGGACUCCAACUCCCAUGAUCCCCAAUGGUUGGCCAUGCUGGCUGGGGCUGAUGGGAGUUGGUCCCAACAACAUCUGGCGAGCCUCAGGUUCCUUACUACUGACUUAGGGACAUCAUGCAAAAAUGAUUGAGUUGCCUUUUUUGCUGCUUGUCCCACCCCACCCCCCAAAAGAUACAGGUUUUUGAAAAGUGCAGGUUGGCCUGAACUACCUGGGCAAAUAAACUUUUGGGAUAUUUGCUUU